AUGGAUCUGGAUCAUAAGCAGACGAGUUUUACGUUUGAGAUGGAUAACUUCUCCGAGAAGGAAUCUGUGAUUAGAACACAAAACUUUUUAAGCGGCGGUUGCGAAUGGUAUGUUAAGGUUCAUCCCAAAGGAGAUCACAUUGAUGAUCACUUGUCUAUGUACCUCUGCGUUGCGGAUCCUGAAUCACUCCGGUUUGGAUGGAAAAGAAGAGCUGCUUUUUCCAUCGCCCUACUGAAUCAAUCAGGCCAAGAGCUCUACAGAAAAGAUGAACCGUUUGACCAAUUGUUCUGCGCUGAGAUCUCACAAAUGGGUUGGCCAAAGGCCUUGCCUCUUGAAAAACUUCACGAAAAAGGCUUUUUGGAGAAUAAUAAACUCAUCUUGAAUGUCCAAGUUAAAGUAGCUCAAGUUGAUGAUGAAGGAUCUGUAACUGGGAAUGAGAUGUUAUAUGUCAACGGUUUCCAAGUUCUUUGUUCUCAGGUGACUUCAGUGAGUUGGAUUUUCGUGGAACACCCAAACGUUGCAGUGCAUUUCAAACCAAAGAACCAACUACUGAAGACAGCAUACAUGAAUAUCCUCCUCGGUCUAAUCGAGACACUGAAGAAGCCUCUGCAUAGCAUCACUGACACUGAGCUAAACAACGCUCAGAGCGAUUUUAUCGAGCUAACAGAAGCGGGUUUCAACCUAGACUGGUUGAAGAUAAAGCUUGAUGAGGUUUGCAUAGAGAGGAAGACCGCAAAUGCUGAUGGUUCUCGAGUCCAAGAACUCAUAAAACUCAUCAAGAAUCUCAAAGUUGAACUUAACCAGGAGCAAAUUUUAUCAUUGGAGCAUACAGUGUCGAAUCUCAAAGAUGAGCAUAACAAGAACAAUAUUGUCAAAACACUCUAA